AUGGCCGACCAAACUGUGUACCAGGACGGCCAGCUUGCGUCGUACCAUGAUGGGCAAUUUGCGAAUGGGACUGUGAACCAUACGAACGAGCCCCAUGUGCAUGAAGAAGGCCAAGUUGAACGCAAGCGUAAUGUCCUGAGCCAAUUCGGUACUGUGUUUGCAUGCGGUGCUGCACUGUUCAUGGACGGUUACAACAAUGCCUCGAUUGGUACUGUGAUCACGCUCCUUAAAAAAAUAUAUGGAUCUUCGGUUGUGACUUCUACACAGAAAGAGAACCUUAGUGCUAUCGGGUUCGCAGGCACUGUCAUUGGCAUGCUAGUUUUCGGUUACUACUCGGAUGCGGUUGGCCGCAAGUCUGGUAUGAUCGUCUCUUGUCUGAUUAUUCUCGUAUUUACGGCUCUCUCUGCCGGAGCUUACUACCACGGCAAUGCUUACCAGAUGGUGCAGAUGCUGAUUGCAUGGCGGUUCUUCAGUGGUAUCGGUAUCGGCGCCGAGUACCCGACGGGGUCUGUUGCAGCAGCGGAGCAGACAGAAGAGAUGCCACGGCGCUUCCAGCACGGCCCCUUCAUCUUGGCGACCAAUUUCAUGAUUGAUCUCGGCUUCGUUGCUGCGGCCUUUGUCCCCCUCGUACUGACAUGGAUCUGCACAGAGAACCACAACCGUCUUAUCUGGCGUCUUACGCUGGGUCUUGGCGUCGUACCCUGCUUGCUCGUACUUCCAUUCCGAUUCCUAAUCAAGCAGCCGAAGCUAUACACUACGAACAUGAUCCCACCGACCCUGAUUCCCUAUCGUCUUGUUUUGAAGAAAUAUUGGUUCCGCCUCCUGACGAUCUCCAUUGUCUGGUUCAUCUACGACUUCAUCGCAUAUCCGUUUGGCAUUUACUCUUCUCUAAUUGUCACUGAGAUUAUCGGCCCAAACCCACCACAAUGGGUGUCUCUCGGAUGGGCUGUUGUAAUCAAUUGCUUCUACAUCCCAGGCUCCUUUAUAGGCGCCAUGCUUGUCGACACUAUUGGUCCUAAGAAAUGUCUCAUGAUUGGACUGUCCCUGCAAAUUGUUAUAGGGUACAUCAUGUCCGGUCUAUUCGAGCGACUCAAGGCGCACAUCGCUGCUUUCUGUGUCGUCUAUGGUCUUUUCCUUACCUUCGGUGAAUUCGGUCCUGGUGAUAACCUUGGCCUGCUUGCAUCUAAAUCGUGCGCCACAUCCGUAAAGGGUCAGUUCUAUGGUAUCGCUGCGGCGAUCGGCAAGAUAGGCGCCUUUGGUGGUGGCUAUGCCAUUACAGCGCUUCAGAAUCACUGGACGGAUGCCGAUGGCAACAGUACCAGUGACCUUUACUACACUGCUCCCUUCUAUCUCGGCGCAUCGCUCGGCUGCGUCUCUUUUCUCAUCACUGCGUUCUUAAUCAAAGAGCGCCCGGCCGACAUUCAAAAACAAGAAGACGAAGAGUUCCGUCGCUUCCUUGAAGAGAAUGGCUUUGACAUGAGCAAGAUCGGUAAGGUCGACUCCAACACGAGCGACCAGACCUACGUCAACCAGCACCCCACCUUCGGCGAGAAGAUGGUCGAGGAGAAGUACCUCGCGACGCAGUAA